AUGUCUCAAAAGGUGGUAAAUCUCGAGCUACCCUGGGUUGAAAAGUAUAGACCUCGAGUUUUGAAAGAUGUAGUGGGUAACGAAGAGACAAUUGAACGGUUACAGCAGAUCGCUUUGGAUGGGAAUAUGCCACAUUUGAUUAUCAGUGGAUUGCCGGGUAUUGGUAAAACAACGUCUAUCGGUUGUUUGGCACACGAAUUACUGGGAGAUUCGUAUUCGCAAGCCGUUUUGGAGCUCAAUGCCUCGGACGAUCGAGGCAUUGACGUUGUGCGAAACCAAAUCAAACAAUUCGCCCAGAAAAAAUGCAGUUUACCACCAGGUCGUCAUAAGAUCAUUAUACUCGAUGAAGCAGACUCGAUGACCGCCGGGGCCCAACAAGCGUUGCGUAGAACAAUGGAACUGUAUGCAAACACGACUCGAUUCGCGUUUGCAUGUAAUCAGUCGAAUAAGAUCAUCGAACCACUUCAAAGUAGAUGUGCCAUUUUGAGAUACGGAAAAUUACAAGACGAACAAGUGCUCAAACGACUAUUGGAAAUCAUCAAAUUGGAAAAUGUUCAAUACACCAACGACGGUCUCGAGGCGAUCAUUUUCACAGCAGAGGGCGACAUGCGCCAAGCGAUUAACAAUUUGCAAAGCACUGUCGCUGGUUUUGGUCUCGUGAACGCUGAUAACGUAUUCAAAAUCGUCGAUUCGCCGCAUCCAUUGAUGGUCAAGCGAAUGCUGCUGGCCGCAUCGCUUGACGAUUCACUUGCAUUUCUCAAAGGUCUUUGGGAAAAGGGUUAUUCCGCCGUUGACAUCAUCACCACGAGUUUUAGAGUCACCAAAAACAUUGACGAAAUCAAGGAAUCGGUCAGACUUGAAAUUAUUCGAGAGAUUGGAUUUGCCCAUAUGCGAGUAUUAGAAGGUCUGGGAACUUAUUUGCAAUUGGCAGGAAUGCUAGCUAAAAUCAGUAAAAUAAAGGACACGUAA